CGAGCUGCCUCAAGGAUGCAUACUUUUUUCUUAACUAAUUACUUUAAAAAAGAAUUCUAAGGUUAUUUACUGUCAUCAUCAUUAUCAUCUGUUAUUCCUACUAUUAUUACUCUUCGCUUCCCUUCUCUUAUUUUUGAAACACUUUUAUGUAUGAUUUUCCUUUCUAUUUUUUGAUAAAUGUUCUUGGUUUGUUAUGAAAUUUGGUAAUUGUAUGUUACUUUGGAGUUUAAACCAUGAAUUGUAUGUCAUCCUUAGCACUUUAGGCUUCUUUUUUUAAAUGGGGGUUGUUUGGAUUGUUUGUGUUAUUGAUCUGGAAUAAAUUUAUCUUUUGUUCCUCCUUUGUGCUUCAUGUUCCUGAGCCACGCACCUCAAGGUGCUAGGCCCCUUUUGGACCUUAGUGUGCCUCGUGCCCUUAAUUGCUAUGCAUCAUAUUGCCACCUCAUUUAUUUUAACUCAGAGUUGAUUUCAGAAUUGAAAAGUCUUGCUUCGAAGUUCUUUUCUCAACCACUAGCUAGCUCACCAAGCCAACUAACACAUUUUUAUGAUUACAUCAAUACAAAAGUCUUGGCUUCAUUCUGUGACAGGAAGAUUUUGGCAAAGAAUAAAGGAAAGUUCUAUCGGCCCGUUGUCAUACUAGCUAUGUUGUACGGUGCGGAUGCAUGCUGCAGCGAUGCAGAUGUUGCAGUGGAUGUGUGGGCAGACGAGGUUGGAUAGGAUUUGGGACAAGAUUAUCCGGGGAUGGGUGGGAGUGACAAUUGUGGAGGAUAAGCGGUGGGAACCUAUGUUGAGGUGGAUUGGGCAUGUGAAGUGGAGUAGAGUGCAGAAAUGUGAGAGGCUUAUGGUGGUGGGUGCGAAUGUGGAAAGGGGUAGAACUAGAAAAAAUUAGAAUGAGAUCAUUAGACAUUACCUAAGACUUCUGGCCUUUACCGAGGAUAUGACCUUACAUAGGAACGUGUGGAGAACUAAGAGUCUAAGACUAGAUUAGUUCGGUAGGCAUUCAGGUCUGGAGGCAGUUUCUGCAAUCGUCGUUGUGUGCUUUCUUUGCUUGGUGCUUUUUGCUUCAUUGCGUUUUCCAUUAUUUACCCUAAGCUUGAUGUGUGCUUCUUUUACUGUGCUAUGUGCUUUCUGUUUUACUUGAGUUGGGGGUCUCUUGGAAACAACCUCUACUUUCGAGUAGGAGUAUGGUCUGCAUACUCAUAUCCUCUCCAAAUCAUAUUCUCGUGUGAUUCUACUGCACUGCUGUUGUUGUAUAUGUAUGGAUUUUAAUCCACUAGACAUAGUUGUCGGCUUCAAAUAUCAAAUACACUACAAAAAUGUGUUUUGUCACAGAUUUUGUCUCAAACUGUAGUUUUAAAUUUACCUAGACAAACUUCUUGUCACAGAAUACCAUUUUCCAUUGACCAAUUAUCAUUUUCCUUUGACUUAUUUUUCAGAGUGAACCAAACACUAGAAAAUAUGGAUUCUCUACAUGGCUCUUAGCUACAUUUAGGGCAUGUUAAAUUUUCAUAAUGUGAAGAGUUCUUUAUUCUAGAAUCCUGUAGUCUUCAAUAGUCUAUGGUUUUUUUUUCAAUAUUUCCUCACAUAAAUACAACUUGGCAAACCAGUAAAUGAAAUUUUAAUUGCAGAGGAAUAACUGAGGAUGCCCUCAAGUUGUCAGAUAUGCACUGCAGUAUUCCAAUGAAAGGCAUGGUAGACUCCUUCAACGUUUCAGUUGCUGCAGGCAUUCUUAUGCACCACGCUGCAUGUGACAGGACUUCACGAAUGGGAUGUCAUGGGGAUCUAACGCCGGAAGAGAGACAAACUUUGCUAGCUGAAUUUUCGUUACGUCACAGCAACAGUGCAGUAAGCAUUGCUAAUGAAUAUGCAAAGAGAAAGAAGAUGAGCAGCAGGUGAUGUCAAGGCUCUGAAUGAAUGAAGUGAUAUGCAAUGUGCAGAGCAUUGUGUUAGUUACUGCUGGCGUUGUGGCCACACUAUGCUUUUCCAGCUCUGCAAUGCAUCAUACUGUUUAUGCAUUUUCUCUAUAUUUUUUAUUGAAACAAUUCUACUUGUGUAUUUUCACUGAUAUAGUUAGUCUUUCUAUAUAAUGAGGUGCUAGACUAGUUGCGAGUAAGUCUCCACAAAGAUUAAUAGCCUCUUCUUUGAAUGGGAU